CAAGUACGUUGCAAAUCCCAGCACUGCGACGCGCCUGCGGCCGCGCUGGACGUGGAGCGUCGGACGCAGGCAACGGCCGCUGCCCUGGGCGCUCGCGCGGUGGCCGAGGCGAUGGCCGCGGCCAGCCUCAGGCAGCCGCGAGCGCGCGCCGCUCCGACCUCGGCGCGGCCCUUCGUGCCCGACACGCUCGUCGAGCAGUUCGGAGCGCGGAUGGUGGUGCGCAUCGGCGAGGGCUCGGAGGACGUCGAGGAGGCAG